UGGUGGGGGAAAUCAGAAAAGAGGCGUGGACAUUGGCAUCGUAGUUCAUGUGCACGGUUGUACAGAGGGCGACUUUUUUUUUGGUCGCGCAGGGGAAAUCCUCAUGGAUACCCCCGCCUUUUUGGGAGAAAAACAUGCCGAAACGGUGCGAAAUCGUUAGUUGCCCGAGUGCUGUAGAAGAGGAAAAGCAAUACAAGAAGCAUCUUUUCGAAUUCCCACGGAUAGGAAGCAUAGCAGCAAAAUGGAUUAAAGCAAGCGGAAAGAUUAAUUGGAUACCAAAUAAAGCUAGUGCAGUGUGUGAAAUACAUUUUAAACCUGAAUAUUUUAACAAUACAAAAAUACGGAAACGUUUAAAGCCAGAUGCAGUACUCACGGAACAUUUGCCCUUUAGCUGUAUGACAGACGAAACAAAUGAGAUUAUUUUUACUGAAGAUAGUGGUGAUAUAUACAGAGUAUGCGGACAGUUACAAGAGAUAGAAGAAACGGAAUAUAUUGCAACAGAAAUGGAAGUUACGCAAAACAUGAAUAUUGAUAUACAAAAUGUCACAUCCAUUCUAGAAAUAGAGACAAAAAAGGCAUUGUUAAAUGAAAGUAGGAAACAGAAAGUUUCAGAGGAAUUGGAAAACUUAAAAAUAAAAAUGCAGGAAAUGGAAGAAGAAAAUAAGAGAUUGAAGGCUGACAUGGAAUGGUCAAGAGAACAGCAUGAAAAAGAAUUAAAGAGUCAAGCAGAUAUAUUGAGAAAUAUUUACGAAAAAAAAAAAAAGAAAUAUCAGGAAAAAUUAGUAACCAAAGAUAAACAAAUAAAAACAUUGAAGAUACAAGUAACGCGAAAAAAUAGCAAACUUAAAGAUAUGCUAAUGAUUGAAAAAUAUGAAUGUAUUAAAUAGUACCUCGUAUGACAUUUUAAAUAAUGACUUUGGAGAAACAUUAUCUCAUUUAUUUCAAAGUGAAGUGAAAAACAUUGCGAAGUCAUCUAACGCCAGAUGAUACAGUGACGAAGUAAAACGGUUUGCUAUGACCUUGCAUUAUCAAUCUCCAAAAGCAUAUAACUUGUAGAACAGUUCUAAUAUUGCUGCAUCCAUCGGCAAUUAGAAAUUGGAACUCUUCUGUAGAUACCUCACCAGGAUUUCAAAAACAAGUUCUGGAAGGAUUAAAAACCUUAUCUGAGCAUGAUAAAGAUUGCAAUUUAAUGUUCGACAUGGUGAUCAGACAGCAAGUAAUAUAGGAUGAACAUUCCAAUCAAUUUACUGGAUUCUGCGAUUACGGUAAUAAUAUAACCUUAGGAAAUAGCGAAACUAAAGAGGCUCUAGUAUUUUUAUUAGUUAGUCUCAACUGUACGUGGAAAUGACCUAUUGCAUAUUUUUUCAAGCAUGCAAUAAGUUCUACAAUAUUAGCAGAAUUAAUAAAGACAGCUUUAAUCUUAA